UAUGUAGGUGGAAGGAGUAAACGAUGAUUGUGUCUAAUGAUUGGUUAUCAUCAGGGAUUAGUAAUAACUCUGAUGCUAUGUAAAUUGAAUUUCUAGCAUUGAUUAUGGUACUUCAAAACAGGGACAUAGACCUACUUCUCCUGGUUUGCAAAUUGUAUACUAGAAGAGAGACCACAAAUAUUCCAUUACCUGAGAACUUUCUGUAAAAAUGCAUGUUGACGAACUCCAUAUAUAUGCAUGUAGCCUAUGUAAUGCCAUAGUACAACUAGAUACUACAGAUCUACAUAAUAACCAUACAUUUUAUGACGGAAAUAAUUGUUUAUGUACUUAUUCAUCAAAUUGAAUAUAAAAAUUGUCACAUUAUUCAAUUUUUGAGCCAAUGAUCAAUUCAAAUUAUGGAUGUUAUAAUAAGGAAUUUCAAUUAUAAAUUUUGGAUACUUUACAGAUUGUCUCAAAAUUUUAUUUAUGAUCACAUAAUUUCCAUCAUAGUAAAAAUUAUACCAAGGAGAUAUAGAUAUAUGAAAUAUAAACAGUUCUUUGUAUUAAUAUUCAUAGUUCUUAUCUCGAUCCAACUAUUUGUUUACGAUAACUUCACUCAUAAAACGACAACACCCAUACCUUCCAUUGCCAUUCUGAAUAAACCUGCGCUUGAUGGUAGAAAUGGGACCAACAGUUCUUCAGGUCUAAAAAUUCCGAGUGAAGCAGAAUUUAGGAUGAACUGGAUAAAAAAUAAACUAGAAAGAAUAGCCAAACAUUCUGAACGUUGGGAAAUUAUGAAGUUUUUAGAUGAUGUAGAGCCGCUUCCUGAACCGACUACAAGAAUUCAUAUUUUUUACCAAGUGGGUUUUAGAAACAUCGAGAUGGACAACGAAUGGAGUGGAUGGAAUCAUGAUUUUGUUUUUAAUAAAAUUAAAAAAGAUUCAAAGUUGAAUUCAAGAGAAUCACCCUCGCAUAACCCACCGAUAAAUAUCGCAUCAAACUUCUACCCUCUGUUAGGCUGUUACAGUUCAAAGGAUCCAAAUAUAAUCAAUACCCAUUUUAAGGAAAUUCGGGAUAUAGGAAUAGGCGUAGUUGUUGUAUCAUGGCUUCCUCUUCAACAAGAGAAAUCUAACGUUGAUGUGUUGGCCCUUCUACUCGACGUAGCGGAAAAGUAUGGGUUGAAAAUUGCUCUCCACAUUGAAGUGUAUGUUGGCCAUAAUGUUAGCGAUGUUUUUAAAACAACUCAACUGAUUAUACAAAAAUAUUCCAAUCACAAAAACUUUUACAAAUUGUUGAAGAAUGGAAAACAUUUACCGGUUUUCUACAUUUUUUACUCGUACCGGUUUCCGGUCGAGGAAUGGAAAGAGCGACUGGCUUCUGAUGGUGAGCUAACUGUUCGAGGUUCAAGUUACGAUGCCAUCUUCAUCGGUCAUUUACGAGAUGCAAACAACAAAUUGGAAAUACACAGGUCAAAUUUUGAUGGUUUUUACACAUACUAUGCAAGCAAUGCGUACACCUAUGGUUCAACAUGGAAGAAUUGGAACACACUGGCUCAGUUUGCUGAGAAACACAACUUGUUAUUCUUCCCGUCUGUCGCACCAGGCUAUGUAGACACCAAUGCUAGACCUUGGAACUCUGCAUUGACCCGGCACAGGACCCGCGGCCAUUACUAUCAGGUAGCCUGGCGAGCUGCUCUAGCAUCUCUCUCGUACGGUGUGUCUGUCACAUCAUACAACAACUGGCUUGAUGGCUCCCAGAUAGAGCCUGCUCUACCACACAACUCAUACCUAGACUACCAACCAGAGGGUCCCUACUUCUACCUUAAUCUGACAAGAUUCUGGGUGAAACAAUUUGUUACUCAAACCAGUGAUAAAAGGAAUUAAA